AGGUAUCAUUGGACAGGCCAUGGCUCCACGGUCGCGGCAACGAAGGCACAAGAAACUCCCCUCAUCUGUGGCUCCUGUGCCUGUGACCCCACCCACAGUUGUGACCCCUGUGCCUCUGACCCCCUCAAAACCUGGCCCUAGCAUUGAUGCACUUGGCUUCGUAUCCUUGGAGAACAAUGUUCCUGGCCUAUCCCAGCUGAUCCUUCAAAAGCUGAACAUGAAAAGCUAUGAAGAAUACAAGCUGGUGGUAGAUGGGGGUAUCCCUGUAUCAGGCUUUGGAUUUCGAUGUCCUCAAGAAAUGUUCCAGAGGAUGGAGGACACAUUCCGAUUCUGUGCUCACUGUAGAGCACUCCCUAGUGGCCUUUCAGACUCCAAGGUCCUCCGGCACUGCAAAAGGUGCAGAAAUGUCUAUUACUGUGGUCCAGAGUGCCAGAAGUCAGAUUGGCCAGCACACAGGAGGGUUUGUCAAGAGCUUCGUCUUGUGGCUGUGGACCGUCUCAUGGAAUGGCUUCUGGUCACAGGUGAUUUUGUCCUACCCUCAGGACCUUGGCCAUGGCCAGGUGAAGUCGUACAAGACUGGGACACCUGGUUUUCUAUGAAAGGGUCACAGCUAGAUGCUACACUGGAUGCUGUGCUAGGUAGUCAUGCCAUGACCACCCUAUGGGCCAGUGUAGGACGGCCAAGGCCAGACCCAGAUACCCUGCAGGGAUCUUUGAAGCGGCUACUGACAGAUGCCCUAUCAAGGCCCUUGACAGUGGGCCUAGGGCUUAGGGCCUUCGGGAUAGAUGUUAGGAAGACUGGGGGAAGCGCAGUACAUGUGAUCGGUGCUUCCCAUGUGGAGACAUUUCUUGCUCGCCCUGGGGACUAUGAUGAGCUUGGCUACAUGUUUCCUGGACACCUUGGACUCCGUGUGAUCAUGGUGGGUGUAGACGUGGCUACUGGCUUUUCACAGAGCACCUCAACUUCACCCCUGGAACCUGGCACAGUUCAGCUUAGUGGCCACAGGGACCUCUAUCAUGACUUCUGGGAGCAGCAGGUAGAGACUGGGCAGAUAGCCCGUCCAGAUUUGGCAGUGGCAUUCCAUCCAGGUAAGUCAUUGGUUCAGAGGAAUACUGUUUGGCUCCCCCUGAGAAUUUUCCAUCCUGAAUCUUGCAUCUUUUAUCUUUGGGACCCCAUUCAUGUGGUCUCCUUAAACACAAUAUGAUGACAAUCUUGGUUGAUAAUUUGCCAUAUAUACUACACCUGGGUUCAGAAUUUUCUACUGAAGGCUGGGU